AUGGCACCUAAGGGAAAGGCCAAGACCCUGCCAGACGUCUCGUCGCUGGAAGCUCCUUCGGCUUCUGUGGAUGCGCCUGUCGCGGCUCCCGCUCCCGCUUCUUCUGUUCCUGCUGACAAAGGCAAGGACAAGGUUCCGGAGGAGUCAGUUAAUGUGACAAUCCCUGAUGCACCUGCAAGUGGCUCUGGACUUUCCUUGGAGGAGAAGUUGAGCUCUCUUCGUACGGCGCCUCCUGACAGUGGCUUCAUUGAAGAUGAUUCUGACGAGGAGCUUAAAGUCGACGUCAGGACGGAGGCGUUCAACCGUGUUCGUCAUACGGCGAUCGUGCUUAUCCCCGUGGCUCUUGCUCUAGAGCUCUCCGACGCUUUCCGCACGUUAUAUCCUAGAAAACGGGAGUUCACCUUCUUUUCUCAAGCGAUGCAGGCCAGCACGCGCAUCGACCGGGCUCUUAUCUCCCACUCUCUCUUACCUCACCUGAUUCAAGCUUCUCAUGUGAUGCCGGUGGAGUACAUCUCUGAUCACAGCUUUGCGAUACGGAUGGCUCUUCGGAUUGAUGCCAAGAUCUGUCUUGGUCCCGGUCUCUGGAGGCUCCACGCGUCUAUGGUCCACAAGCCUGGAGUUCGGCGGAUUGUGGAAGCGACGGUGGAGAAUUGUGUUGUCACUGAUGGUAGCAGCUUCGAACUGCUUCUUUCGCGGCUGGCGGCUGGGCUUCGGGCGUUCGCCAGAGAAGAUGGCAAGCGGGUGAAAGCGACGGUGACUCAUCUGGCGGAUGAGGUGGCGGAGCUCUGUCAGGCCAUGAUACAGGAUCCGUCCUGCAAACCAACAAGCGAGCGGUUAGCUGUGAAGGAAGCGCAAUUGCGUGAGUAUCAAGCGUCGAGAAAGGACAAGCAGUUCCUGAUGUCUGGGAUGCGGCUGGAGCUUCGGGGGGAGGUGGCGUCAAAGCAUUUGACGGCGCUGGUGCAGGCUAAGAAAGCGAGUACUCAGAUUGCAGAGCUGCAGACGGCGUCAGGGGUUGUCUCUGACUCCCAAGGCAUUCUUCGUGCAGCAUCGGAGUUCUUCGCAGACAUCUUCGGGCGGGACCGGGGUCAACUGGAAGAUGACUGGCGUCCUGCAUCGGAUAAAAAGCUGAGAAGCUGGGAAGCAGAGGAACUGGCGGCGGAUUGGACGGAAGAAGAAGUUAAGAAAGCCUUCGGUGCGAUGGCGGCGAACAAGUCGCCGGGGAAGGAUGGCCUGCCAAAGGAACGGUUUGAAGCACACUGGGAUUUGUUGGGCAAAGGUUUCACGGCCUUAGCAAAGGAUUUCGCAUCAACAGCACUCCUCUCGACGGAGGUGAAGGAAGCGGUAACGAUACUUCUGCACAAAAAGGGGGACAAAGAUCAGCUCAACAAUUACCGCCCCAUCACUCUCCUCAACUUCACUUACAAGGUGCUGGCGAGAGUUGUGGCUGACAGGAUGAAGAAGUUUCUGAGUCGGGUGAUCUCACUGGAGCAGUAUGGCUUUCUCCCGGGGAGGCGGCUGACGGAUGCAGUGGGGCUUGUGGCUGAUAUCAUUGACACGGAGCGAAAUGACAAUGAGGAUUGGUUUCUCCUCUUGGUUGACUUCAAGAAGGCGUUUGAUUCUGUCUCCCGUGGCUAUCUCUUCCGAACGCUUCGGGUGAUGGGAUUUCCUGAACAGUUGGGCUGUCCCCUGGCUCCGUACCUCUUUCUGUGUGCGGUUGAGCCUUUGGCACAGCUGGUCCUGAAGCGAAAAUUGGGCAUCUGCAAGGAGAGCGAGCGGUUGGCGUAUAUCGGCUACGCGGAUGAUACCACCUUGAUCCUGGAGGGGAAGCAGCAGAUCAUCAGGGCUGAGCAAGUGUUAGCGAAGUUUGAACUGACCUCGGGACUAGCGACUAACAGGGACAAGUCGGUUAUCUUACCGUUGGGAAAUAAUCUCGGCAGAACGACUGGUCGGGCGAACGGGUUCCGUUGGGCGAAGGCGGAUGAAGCGGAGAAGCUGCUGGGGGUUUGGGUCACUCCCUCGGGAAGCUGCCUGCCAACGUGGGAAAAAACUGCAGAGGCAAUGACAGGGAAGAUUAACAAGUGGCAACAGAAAUUCCUUCCAACAGUGGCAAGGACGGCGGUGGUUAACUGUUAUACGAUGCCCAAAGCAGCGUUUCAAGCACAAGCAACGUCAGACACGGUGUUUCGGCUCUGGAGCAAAGAUCUGCUUCACACUCCAAGGAAGCUGGGGGGUGUGGGCCUGCAUGACCCGGAGAUGAUCUUGGCGUGUCUCACGGCUCGCCGCGUGGGUUUACUGGCGCUGGAGACGAACGUGCUGAAAAAGCAUCUCAUGACGCGGGUGGCGGAUUUGCCCAUGGGGAUCGAAUCCUUCUUUGCUCAUGAGAAGCUGCUUUGA